AUGAUUCGAUAUCAGAAGAAUCAGGAAACAAAUAUCCACUGGCCUUUCCAAAGUUGUGCAGAAUGGAGACUGGGCAAAUUUCUUGCUGAGAACCUCAUGCAGGCUCAAAUCAAUACUUUCCUCAAACUGGAUUGGCUGGAUGGUCAAAAACCAUCAUUCACACCAGCAUGCCAGCUCCUUGACUGGAUGGACACCCUGCCAUUGGGGCCAGGGUGGCAAGUAAUGCAACUUGAGGUUGAUGGCUAUGACACAGGGAAGAAGAUUGAUCUUAUUUAUUGUGAUGGACUAGAGGUUGUAGAGAGCCUUUUCAGAAACCUGAUUUUUUCCCAGAAUAUGACUUUUGACUUGCUUCGCAUACAGAGAAAUGGAGAGGAGGAAUACAGGGAAUGGUUCACAGCACAGGAGGACACUCUCCCUGAUGGCAUGACCCUUGUUCCUGUUAUUGCUGCUUCAGACAAGACACCCAUUACAAGGUACAUGGGUGGGCUUGAGAUGCACCCACUUUUCCUCACAAUCGCCAAUAUUGAUGCUGAUGUCCAUAUGAAGGCCACAGCACAUGCCUGGCAAUGUGUGGCUUUUGUGCCCAUUGUCAAAUUUGAGGUUCAUUCAGAUUACCAGACAAUCUUGCAGUCCCUGGCUCUGGCACAAAUGUGUUGA